AUGCCCCCCAUACACAUCCCCAUACAAACGCACUAUACCCUCCAACCUAUUAACACCCAUCCCCUAAACCAGCUCGGCAACUCCGCCAACUACACCACAAAGGACUGGGAAUCCGACAUCAACCUAGCAAAAGCCUCUUCCAUUGACGCCUUCGUCAUAAACAUGGCCCGCAACGAACGCCUCCCCACCCAAAUCUACAACGCCUUCCAAGUCGCCGCAGACACGUCCUUCAAAAUCCUUUUCUCAUUCGACUACGCUGCCAACGGCUCCUGGCCCAAGUCAGACGUCUUGAACCUUCUCAAUGAAUACUCCACACAUCCGGCGUAUUUCACGCACAAUAAGCAGCCAUUGGUCUCGACCUUUGAGGGCGCAGACGCGUGGAAAGAUUGGACGGAUAUCAAGGAGAAGACGAAUGCGUUUUUUGUGCCCGAUUGGUCCUCGCUUGACCCGCGGAAAGCGGUCAAUCGAACCGUCGUGGACGGGUUGUUUAAUUGGGGUGCGUGGCCCGAGGGACCAAGGGCGAUGAAUACCUCAGGCGAUGAGGCGUUCCUAUCGGCCCUCGAUGGAAAACCGUAUAUGAUGCCCGUCUCGCCGUGGUUCUAUACCAACAUGCCCGGUUUCGGUAAGAACUGGGCGUGGAGGGGCGAUGAGCUCUGGUUUACGCGCUGGGAACAGGCGAUUCAACUGGGCCCGGAGUUCGUGCAGAUCAUCAGCUGGAAUGAUUAUGGGGAGUCGCAUUAUAUUGGGCCCCUUGGGGCGGAUGACGGGGUGGAUGUCUGGGAUGCGUUUUCGAGGGGAAAGGCGCCGUUUAAUUAUGCGAAGGAAGUGCAGCAUGAUGGUUGGAGGACGUUCUUGCCGUACCUAGUGGACAGGUAUAAGCGGAAUACGACCGAUGUGGAGGUCAAGGGGGAGGAUGAGAAUGUUGUCACUUGGUAUCGGUUGAGUACGGAUAGAGCGAGUGGGUGUAAGGAUGGGGGCACGACGGGGAAUACGAAGGCUCAGGGCCAGAAGGAGUAUAAGCCGGAGGAGAUUCUGGAGGAUCGGAUCUUUUAUUCGGCGCUGUUGGCGAGUCCGGCGAAUGUCUCGGUCAAGGUUGGUGGGGAGGCAAUGGCCGCGAAGUGGCAGGUUGAGCCGAAGGGGGGAAAGGGGGUGUAUACGGGCAGUGUCGAGGUGAAGGGCGAAGGUGAUGUUAAGAUUGUGGUGCGAAGGGGGGAUGACGUCGUGGCGAAGGUGGACGGCGAGAAGAUCAAAGGAGAUUGCAAGGAUGAUGACGGGUACAGGAAUUUUAACCCGUGGGUUGGUACGUCGGGAGCGGACAUUGCUCAAGCUGGAGGUGUUUUGGGGAUGGUGGUGACUGCACUGGUGGUGGGUUUCAUCGUGGGUUGA